AUGCCGCCAAGAUUCUUCAGGAGAAGAGGAAGAGGCAAGGGGCCAAUCACCACCCCCAACAAUAAUGAAGCUGGACCCUCGAAUGCGCGAGCUCCAUCUACCACGGAGAGUGACGAUCCCCAGCAGAACCGGAGGAACCUCUUUGAGCCCACUAGAAGGUCGGUCUCACACAGUUCAACACCUCCUAACCCUUAUGGGCCACAACCAGAUUAUGAGCCCCACAACCCUCAACCUUCAUACAUACCAUUACAGCGAUCCUUAUCGCACAACUCCUUCGGUGACCCUACACCAGUUUUUAGGGGCCGGUUUAACCCGGCAAACUUCCUGCAAGAACCAGGGAAUUUUAACCCAUUAGGUCCAGAAGAUCAUUUCUCUAGAGAUCAUGCGGACGAUAUGGACGAGGAUACGGACCCUGUCGAGCCUGCCAGUGGCACACCAAACCACCCGAUAGAGAUCUCGGAUGGGUCUUCCUUCCACGGAUCACCCUAUGUUGGUCCAGAUAGCUUUCAAGCUAUGUUUACCAGGCACGAAUGGUACUUUACGCCUCCUCGCCAUGCAUCACCUCAGCAGCAGCAACAACAGCAACAAGACCCCUCUGAGGAUCCAAGGUUCGUGGCAGUCACGCCACCACCUCCUCCACCACCAGUUCAACCGGCACCCCCGCAACCACCAAGGCGUAGGAGAACCGGAGCGCGCAUAUCUGUGCGAACAGGAGACUUUCAUUUUAGUUCUCCGCUUCAAUCAAGUGGCAGCCACUACCCGCCACAUCAAGAAGAUCCACAAAUGGGUGGGCCUUCACACCAGUUGCACCACAACCACCGCCUAUGGGUUUUGAUAACCCAAAUUCCGGCAUACACGGGUUCCAUGGCAUACAACCCAUUUGAGCAGCCAGUACACACCAACUACAAUUACGCCGAAGCUGAUCCGUACGUAGUAGCGGCUAACUAUAACACCCAAGGACCCUAUGGAGAUCCAUGGGGAGUAGGGUACCCAACUCAUGGGUACCAGAUACCUGCAAGACCUAUUAUACGGACACAAUUGCAACCACCAAGGUUCUCUCCGCCUGAGCGUGAAGAAAUUAUGCAAAGGUUGGACUAUGUAGAGCGAGAAUUUCACAGGGAGCGAAGGGAGCGACAAACAUUCUUCCAAGGAUUGACAAGCUUGAUUAAAGGAAAGAGCAAGAAGGACCACUGA